GAACAUCACGGGAGCAACCUACAGCACUACAUUCUCACGCUCAUGUCCAUUGUUUCUUCCAUCUAUAAAGAUCCAAGCAUUGGAAAUUUAAUCAAUAUCGUCAUUGUGAAAUUGGUUAUUAUAAAUAAUGAACUGGAUGGUCCAAUUAUUUCGUUUAAUGCACAGACCACUUUAAAAAACUUCUGCAUAUGGCAGCAAACUCAGAAUCACCCAGAUGAAAACCACCAUUCACAUCACGACACUGCCAUCCUCAUCACCAGGCAGGAUAUCUGUCGGGCCCGAGAUAAGUGUGACACUUUAGGUCUGGCAGAGUUGGGCACUGUUUGUGAUCCUUACAGGAGCUGCAGUAUCAGUGAAGACAAUGGUCUUAGCACUGCUUUCACUAUCGCUCAUGAGCUGGGCCACGUGUUUAACAUGCCUCAUGAUGACGGUAACAAAUGCAAGGAGGAUGGUGUGAACCAGCAGCAUGUGAUGGCACCAACCUUGAACUAUUACACCAACCCUUGGAUGUGGUAAUGCAGCAGGAAAUACAUCACAGAGUUCCUUGACACUGGGUAUGGCGAAUGCUUGCUCGAUGAGCCCGCAUCUAGAUCCUACAGUCUUCCUCAGCAGCUUCCCGGACGGAUAUACAAUGUGAAUAAACAGUGUGAAUUGAUAUUUGGGCCCGGAACGCAGGUGUGCCCAUAUAUGAUGCAGUGUCGAAGGCUGUGGUGCACUAGCCCAGAAGGGGCCCAGAAAGGCUGCCGAACUCAACACAUGCCCUGGGCUGACGGAACCGAAUGCUCCCAAGGAAAGCACUGCAAGCAUGGCCUAUGUAUCACCAGGGAGCAUGAUGCCACCCCAAUUGAAGGGGCGUGGGGGGUGUGGAGCCCGUUCGGAACCUGCUCGCGGUCUUGUGGCGGGGGCAUCAAGAUGGCCGUCCGAGAAUGCAACCGGCCCGUGCCCAGAAAUGGGGGAAAGUACUGCGUAGGGCGCAGGAUGAAGUUUCGCUCCUGCAACUCUGAGCCCUGCUCCAGACAGAAGAAGGACUUCAGGGAGGAGCAGUGUGGAGCCUUCGACGGCAGGCACUUCAACAUCAAUGGUCUACCUCCAAACGUGCGCUGGGUCCCCAAGUACAGCGGAAUUCUAAUGAAGGAUCGGUGCAAGCUGUUCUGCAGGGUGGCCGGGAGCACAGCCUACUACCAGCUCAGGGACAGAGUGACGGACGGCACCCCCUGUGGACCAGAUACUAACGACAUCUGUGUCCAGGGCCUGUGCAGGCAAGCAGGAUGUGACCACGUGCUGAACUCCAAAGCAAGGAGAGAUAAGUGCGGAGUGUGUGGUGGUGACAACUCCUCGUGCAAGACCGUAGCGGGCACAUUCAACAUUGUUCACUAUGGAUAUAACGUUGUCGUGCGUAUUCCCAGUGGUGCUACAAAUAUUGACGUGCGACAGCAUAGCUACUCAGGGAAGCCAGAGGACGAUAACUACCUCGCCAUUUCCAACAGCCGGGGGGAGUACCUGCUCAAUGGGGAGUUUGUGGUCAGCAUGUUUAAAAGGGAAAUUAAAGUUGGGGAAGCUGUAUUAGAAUACAGUGGCUCUGACCACAUCAUUGAGAGGAUAAACUGCACUGACAGGAUAGACGAGGAGAUUGUGGUCCAGGUGCUUUCUGUGGGUAACCUGUAUAACCCAGAUGUCAGGUACAGCUACAACGUUCCUAUUGAGGACAAGCCACAGCAGUUCUUAUGGGAUGCCUAUGGCCCAUGGCAGGAGUGUAGCAGGCUAUGCCAAGGGGAGCGGAAGAGGAAGAUCCUGUGCAGCCGAGAGUCGGACCGCGUGGUGGUGUCUGAUCAGAGGUGCCACGGCUCGGCCCGCCCCUCCGUCAUCACCGAGCCCUGCAACAUGGACUGCGAAAUCAGGUGGCAUAUUGCACGGAAGAGUGAGUGCACAGCGCAGUGUGGACCCGGCUACAGGAACCUGGAGAUUUACUGCGCCAAGCACAGCCAGGUCGAUGGAAAGAUCCAGAAGGUGGAUGACCGUUACUGUAGCAACCAGCAUAAGCCUGAAGAUAAGGAGCCUUGCAAUGGAGACUGUAACCCUGGGGGCUGGGAGUAUACUCCAUGGUCAAAGUGCUCAAAGAGCUGCGGAGGGGGCAUGCGACGCCGGGGGGCAGUGUGCGGCAAAUCGGCAGACUCGGAACAGGACGACGCCCAGUGCAGCCAGCGCAACAAACUGAUCGUCCAGCCCUGCAACGACUUUCAGUGCCCUCUGUGGAAGAGUGGGGACUGGUCCGAUUGCCUGGUGACUUGUGGCAAAGGGUACAAGCAUCGGCAGACAUGGUGUCAGUUUGGGGAGGAUCGCCUGGAUGACAGGUUCUGCGAGUCGCCCAAGCUGGAGUCGGUCCAAGCCUGUCAGCAGCAGGAGUGCGCCUCGUGGCAGGUCGGACCCUGGGGACAGUGCACGACCACUUGCGGUCCAGGAUAUCAGAUGAGGGCGGUGAAAUGUGUGGUUGGAUCGUACGGAACGGUCAUGGACGACACAGACUGUAACGCAGCUACAAGACCCACCGACACUCAGGAUUGUGAACCCGCGCAGUGUGCCAUCGCCCAGCCCGUCAGUCCGGACACAAAAUCGCAGAUUUACUCUGGUCACGUGACCCAGUGGCGCUUUGGAUCCUGGACGCAGUGCAGUGCAACGUGUGGCAAAGGGAUGAGGAUGCGCUACGUGAGCUGCCGGGACAGCCAGGGGGGCGUGGCCGAAGAGUCGGCCUGUGCCCACCUCCCCAAACCGCCUGCGCGGGAGGUGUGCACGGUUGUGUCCUGCGGCCAGUGGAAGGUCCUGGAGUGGACGCUGUGCUCGGUGUCCUGUGGUCUGGGCAAAGCUACCCGACAGGUGGUGUGUGUGAACUUCAGUGACCAGGUGGUGGACGUGAGUGAGUGUGACCCUGACGACCGUCCAGCGAGCGAGCAGGAGUGUGCCAUGCCCCAGUGCCCCCAACGCUCCAGUGACCAUGGCAGCUUCCCCUCCAAUGGGGACCCACGGAAAAGGCUCCCGCCACAUGGAUCCUCUGCCCGCAGCAAUGGCCGCACGCAGUCACAUCUGUGGCGGACCGGGCCUUGGGGAGCGUGCUCGAGCACGUGUGCGGGAGGCUUCCAGAGGCGUGUUGUUGUCUGUCAGGACGAGAACGGCUACACCGCCAAUAACUGUGAAGAGAGGACCAGGCCCAUGGAGCAGCGCUCCUGUGAAUCCGGGCCCUGUCCACAGUGGGUCUACGGGAACUGGGGAGAGUGCACCAAGCCCUGUGGAGGGGGGGUAAAAACGCGGUUGGUCGUGUGUCAGAGACCCAACGGGGAACGCUUUAACGACCUGAGCUGUGAAAUCCUUGACAAACCUCCCGACAGAGAGCAGUGCAAUACUCAGUCUUGUCCGUCCAGCCCCCACUGGAACACCGACCCUUGGAGCUCGUGUUCAGCGUCCUGUGGGAAAGGAUUCAAGUACCGUAAUGUAACGUGUGUGACCCAGACCGGAACGUCCACCGAUGAGGAGAACUGCCAGCGCCUCUCCCGUCCCAGCAAGCAGAGGCGCUGCCGAGGGGGGCGCUGCCCCAAGUGGGAAACAGGACACUGGGGAGAGUGCUCCUCGUCGUGUGGAAGAGGGAGGCAGCAGCGGGCGGUUUUCUGUCAGAUUGGAGACCAGCGCAGCCCAGAAGAGUCAGAGUGCCCGAGAUCCGCCCGUCCGGAAUCCAGCCAGUUCUGCCAGGCCACAGAAUGCCCCGCGCGUUACAGGUGGAGGGAGGGUGACUGGCAUGAGUGCAGUAAAAGUUGUGGAUCAGGACUCAGACGCAGGACGGUUGUGUGUGUGGACCUGCGGGAGGAGGAGGUUCAUGAAAUGUAUUGUAUGACCCAGCUGAAAAAGCCAGCCGACACAGAGAGCUGUAACACUCAGCCCUGUGAGUUUGUGUGGAUCACUGGGGAAUGGUCAGAGUGCUCAGUCAGCUGUGGACAGGGCUACCAGAGGAGGCGAGUAUCCUGCAGUGAAGUGCAUUCUGGGAAGGAUCAUUAUGAGUAUGGGUACCAGUCCUCCUCCAGCUGUCCCGGGACCCCACCAGAGAGCACCAUGCUGUGCAACCUGGCCCCCUGUGCUGCUCCACCGGCCUGGAGAGUAGGAAUCUGGGGACCGUGUUCGGUCACCUGUGGCGAGGGCGUGAUGGAGAGGUCGGUGCGAUGCGUUUCCGCCGGCAGUGGGGACAGCGACCGGUGCCCAUCCGACAGGAAACCGGAGCAGCGCAAAGCUUGCAUCAGCCCUGCCUGCCAUUUGCCCACCAGCUGCAGUGACAUCCAGAGCCAGAAAGGCCUUUUGUCAGAUGGAGAGCAGUUACUCAUUGUACAAGGAAAGCAGCUUAAGAUCUACUGCGCCGGUAUGCGGACGGACCGUCCACGGGAGUACGUCACGCUGAGGACGGGCGACGCCGACAAUUUCUCAGAGGUCUUCGGCUUCAGGCUGAACAACCCCACCGAGUGUCCCUACAACGGCAGCCGGCGAGAGGACUGCCCCUGCAGGAAGGACUACUCCGCCUCCGGCCUCUCCACCUUCAGCAGGGUCCGGGUGGACCUCAGCGAGAUGCAGAUAAUCACAACUGACUGGGAGUUUGCUUUCACCCGUGAAGGCCAGCGAGUUCCAUUCGCCACUGCGGGAGACUGCUACAGCGCCGCCAGGUGUCCACAGGGUCGUUUUAGUAUCAACCUUUCUGGGACGGGUUUCCAGGUGGCUGAAGACACAAAAUGGAUUUCCCAAGGAAACUAUGCUGUUGCUGAUAUUCAUAAAUCAGAGGAUGGCAGCAGGGUGUCAGGAAUCUGUGGAGGCUACUGUGGAAAAUGUGCUCCAUCAUCUGGCUCUGGACUUAAAAUAAAAGUCAAGUAAUCAACAGACAGAUUCAGAUAUUUUCAGGUGCUCUACAUGUCCUGUGUGGCUUUCUCUGGUGCUUCAAAAUGAAGACUUCAUUUUGAAACGGCCUAUAUUCCCCACAAUAUGUAAAUAUGUAAAUUAGCAGGUUGUAAGUACUGUAUAUAGCAUUUUGUAAUUAAUAAUUUAUUAUACUCACAUUUAUUUUUGUAUUGUACCAUUAUUUAAGGGUUGUGCUUUAAAGUGAAUACUGCAUAUGCAUACAAUUCUUCGCCUUUCCAAUGUAAAACUAAUGGGGGCUUCCAGAAAACAUCACAGACCACAUAGACUUUUUCUAAAACCUAAAUCACAUGAUACAAUGUUGAGGAAGGGAGAUAUAAUUACUGCAUUGGCUGUUGGUUUUGUGUCAUAUUUUAUCCUGUUGUGUUCUGCACUGAGGUUAAAAAAGCAGCUCAGUGUUCUCCCUGGAACUGCGUUCUGCACUGAGGUUAGAGAAGCAACACAGUGUUCCUCCCUGGCUGUGCUGCGUUCUGCACUGAGGUUAGAAAAGCAGCACAGUGUUCCUCCCUGGAACUGCGUUCUGCACUGAGGUUAGAGAAGCAACACAGUGUUCCUCCCUGGCUGUGCUGCGUUCUGCACUGAGGUUAGAAAAGCAGCACAGUGUUCCUCCCUGGAACUGCGUUCUGCACUGAGGUUAGAGAAGCAACACAGUGUUCCUCCCUGGCUGUGCUGCGUUCUGCACUGAGGUUAGAGAAGCAACACAGUGUUCCUCCCUGGAACUGCGUUCUGCACUGAGGUGUUCCUCCCUGGCGCAGUGUUCAACCCUAGCUGCACAGGGGCUCUCCAGAGCAGAUGGCGAGGUGGCACUGCAGUUGGGAGAGCAGCGCGGCGUACUGAACCGCAGCGCGCCGAUCGUUCGGCGGUGUCGUGGGGCAGGACCGCGGGAGGCGACAGCUGUUCGCGGGCCGGCGUUGCCUGGCGAGACGCCGCCCUGAGAUGUGCCAGGGCCCCUUAGCGCACCGGCGCUUUCCGGUCACCGGUCACAGCGUCUCAGGGGCGGCGAGCAGAGGUAGAGCGAGAAAGCGAAGGGAGGGGGCGGAGGAGUGGAGGGGGGGACUCCUCUGCGUGCACAGCCUGGUUCUCAGCACGUGUAGAACCAGGCUGAGGAUCAGCGGUUUGUUGUGUCGAUCUUUGAAUGUGCAGCUCAUGCUUGUCUCGAGGAUAAUGGCACUCCUGUUUGCUUCCUACAAUUCAUUUUAAUAGAAUAGCAGUGCAUUGUGUGUGCAGAACAAGAAUGGAGAGAUAAUGGUUGUGGAGGAUGUGCUUAUUUUAUUUCUGUAGGCCUGUUGUUACCUGACACUGCAGACAAGGAGCUGGGCAGGAGAUUACCACUGUGCCAUUUGGACAAAUAUAAAUCAGUGUUACCGCAUUGUGGGGUUUGUUUUUGAUAAGAUGUGGGGUAAAGUGAGAUGAAGUGAACAGGCACAGUAUUUCACUCACCUAUUCAGUGCACAGCAGGUGACUCAUCACAUUAGUGAGUUCCAAUACUCUUUCCUGCAGUCUCUGCAGGUAUGUGUAUGGGUCAGGUGUGUGAGAGUGUUUGUGCUCUCAGAAGCAGAAUAGCAAGCUUGGCUCAAGUUUGUUUUCUAGGUUGUUUUGUUCUCUGAGAAGUCAGUAGCAGGUGAAAUGUAGGCCCCCGUUGCCUUUAAAAUCAAGGAAAUACUUCUAAAUAUAGCUCUGAAGUUUGCCCUCAAGUGUCUGGACUGCUGAUUCCUGCCUUAAAUUGGCUGUGUAAUAGUUUUACUAAAAUGUAUUUCUUUGUUUUAAAGUGCACUGAACUACCAUUUCAGUAUAAGGUUGUUUUUCACAGCUGAAUUUUAUGGAUCUCUUGCAGUGGAUCUUAAAUAAACUGACCCAGAUUCAAUGCACUUUAUCCUUAAAUGUAACUGAAACAAAUUUAAGGAAGAGUGAAUUUAUUUGUUUCACUGUAUUUUUCAUUAAUUUCUGUGAACACAAAACUAUUGUUCCAUAAACAAAUAAUGUGAGACCAAAGAAUUGCUUCAAUCCAUUUCUGGUAAAAUAAGUUGCAAUUUGGAAUGUUGCUAUGUUGCUAUCUUUUGUCUGUUUUGGAGAAGAUCUGAGUUUCUGAAGUUUAUGCUCUCACUACAUGUGAAAAUAGCAGGGUACUUUCUGUGUUUUUAUCGUUAUUUGUAGAUUAUAAUGUGCCUUAUUACGUUGAAUUAUGUUAUAAGGAAAAUAUACGAUUAUUACCUGUUCAAAUAUUCAAUAUUUAAAUAUUUAUACUUACCAUUUUGUGUAACUCUUAAAUAAAAAGAACAAAAUGAAGGCCAAAUAAUGUUAAACAGAACAGUUUCUAGUCUGUUUACAAUGUAAAUUCUUAUGAAGAAACCUUUUCAAAGAUACAUUUAUUUCAUUAGUUAUUCUCAUAUUUCUACUGUUUGAUCAUAUUGCAUAUUUUAGAAUAGUGACGUAUAUAGCAUAGUUUGAAAUAUUGCCCUCACCUGUGAAGGGAAUGACAUAUUUAUGUAUUUAAUAACUUAUUUAUCAUCUGAGUAAUUCACCUCAGUUAUACUUUAAUUGUAUUUUAUUAAAUUAGCUGAUGGUUGAUGUUAUGGGAGAGACUUCAUGUGAAAUGAACUCUGGGGAAACAUGAGCAAGAAAGAGCCAUUGAUACAUUUGAAGGGAUGACAUAGUCUCUUUUUAGACUGUGCAUUGUAAAUAUCAGAUAUAACAGCUGUAUAUUUUCAUGACUGUGUGACAUACUGUCUUUUUUUAAUUGAGCAUAUCGGAAUGUCGUGCUUUAAAGGGAAUAUUAUAUCUAACAAUGUAGCAUAAAUGAAGUUAUUUGAUUUCUUUUCUGUAUUUCUUUAACUGACUAUUCAGAAUUUAAUGCCAAAAUUGAAAAUGCCAAUUCAAAUCUAGUUUUCUCAGUUUUACACUCACUGAUUUCUUUGGACACUUCAAUGCAUUCGUUCAUGAUCUUCUGUAUCACUUUAAAAUAAGAUCUCAGGUGCAGUGGAUUAUUAGGGAAAUGUAUGUCUACAUAUUUAUGUAGAAAUAUUAUUGUCCUGUUAUAUUUUUAUAUAAUUGUCUUUAUUGUUUAUUCAUCCCUUCGACCUUGUGUAUUGAGGUACGUGUUGACAUUUAUUGUAUAGGACAUUUUUCUUUUUGUUCGUUUUAAUGUAUGUGAAAUAUGUAUUACAUUGAUUGUUUGUCCAAAGAUUUUUCUACUGAAUUUUGAUUAUGAUUUGUUAAAGUUUAUUUUCAGGGGUUGGUGACCAUGUUCUUGGCCAGCCACAUUCCUGCAUAUUUUCCAAAUGAAAGCCUCUGUACAGUAGGCCUAUAUUGUUUUCAUGGGUAAUUGUGCUACUGUAAUCUAAGAAAUGAUCUUGUGGUUUGAAGGGCAGUGUGACUAGAACAAGAACAGAACCAGAUAAUAUCUAACUCCCUCUGAUGCACAGUACCUUUUGUUUUGUAAUGUAAGGUACAUGCUGUUUGUAGGAGAGAAUGGAAUAAGUGUGCUCUCUGACUGCUCAAUGAGUCAUUGCCUUGUGAUGUACUCACCACUGCGUAAAAUAUUUUGUGUGCUUUUCAUUUUAUUCUAUGUUGAUUUUUUGUCAUUGCAUUAUAAAGGCUAUGAUAUUUCUGUAUCAAGCAACUUUUACGAAAUAAAUGUAUUUUGCACAAUAUCCUAA